AUGAGCGACACUACAGUGCUCUGGAUUCAGCUCUUGAGGCGAGAGGCUGAAAACGCUGACGAGUCAUUGGCUGCACUUUAUGAGUUGGGACCUGCAGCGCAAGUCGAAGUGAACGCCACUGUGACUAAUAUCGAUAGUCUCCGCGAAUAUCUCAUCAAUUAUGAAGACUUCAAGAAGUCAUUGAUUGGCAUCCAAGGUUAUCAAUUAUAUGUAUAUAUGGAUGCAGAAUGCAAAACGCCACUUCUGGCCGACACAUCAAUCACCCAAAUCGAAACAUCAGAGGACAAUCCCUUGAGAGUCGUGAGGCCCGCUCCACCUGUAGAUAGGAUGUCUUUUACGAUAGAAAGUCCAGAUUUGAUGGAUAUAUAUAGAUCGCAAGGCCUGCUAGGUAUAUUCCCAUUAUUUAUCCACAGGUCUGCGCCUAAACUACUUGUGAACAAGGAGUACUGCCUCCUGCACGAGUUUUUAAAGAGGAUCUCUGCUGAGGGCACUGUCAAACUAGGAAUGACGUCUCGUGCUAUAGUAGGGAACCCUGGAAUUGGAAAGUCCAUCUUUUUGCUAUAUAUCUUGAUCGAACGAUUACUGGAUGGUCUACCGACAGCACUUCAAACUAGCCUAUCUUGCUAUCAUUAUUUUGAUCAUUCUGGCGUCAUCAUGAAUGCAUCUACUAGAAGCUGUCCGUCAGAUAUUGGGAAUCCAACUUGGGGCUUGGUUGAUUCAAAUCAGGAGGUUGUCAAUCCAUGCGUUGGACUUAUCGGCAAUAGUCAAUUAUUGGUGGUUCAAGCGACUUCACCGAAAGUCGAGCGCUAUAGCGAGUGGACGAAGCAAGCCAAUGCAUUGAUCUAUUACAUGAAUAAUUGGACGUGGGAAGAAGCUGCAUUUUAUGGCUCUGAGGUACUCCACUUGGACAUGAAUCGAAUAUGGGAAGCUUGGAAUGAUUGGAAUCCUUGUCCUCGAUAUUGCUUCAGCAUUGCAAAAUCCGAGGCACUUAUGCAGUCAUAUCAAAGGAGUGUUGUCAAAGGUAUCGGAGUUAAUAGACAGGAUCUAAUUCCACUCGUGCGCUCUGGAAGGUCUCCCAAUGCAGAAGAAACCUCAAAGCUAAUACUGCUAUCUGGUGUUGAAGCUCGAACUGCAGAGUACUGGAGUCUCGGCCGAAUUGACUUCAAAGUAGAAAUUAUAGGAAAACAAGUCAUCCGAAUGAUAAGUGACGAAAUGGAAACCCGCUCCGAUGUCGAUCGUACGUCUUUCUAUAAUAUACUAAGGAGUACGUCAGGUGAAGCAACUGUACGUGGUACGAUGCUGGAAGCCAGAAUGCACCAUCUUAUGUCCACGCAAGGGCCUCCACUCAAUGCUACAUGUCUGACCGACAGAUCAGAGUUACUCGUUGCACCAACAGAGAAAGUCGUCAGAUUCAUGAAGGCCGAUUUGUCAGCAAUGCUGAAGGACAAAGAGUCUGGGUACUUCUGGCCAAUAGCAUCAAAUGCCAGUUUUGAUGGAUUUAUAUGGGACAGGAAGACGAGCAUCAUUAUUCUAUUGCAGGCUACGGUUUCAGCUGUCCAUCCAAUAAAGCAAAGCGGUCUCGAGGAACUAUUGAAAGCGUUUCGAGACGCUGGCUUGAGAACACCUGAGUAUCCAUGGCCACUUGUAUUUUGUACCCCAAACGAUGCACCUGAAAUUCAAACUACCCAGCAAGUCCAGGGAGUUUGGAAUACAAGGGUUACUCAGUACACCUUGAAGAUGUAA